AUGGAAGAGUGCCUUGUGUUGAAGAAUAUUUUCAAGCAGUAUGAAGAGGCAUCUGGGCAAACUAUCAACUAUCAGAAGAGCUCAGUGGCAUUCAGCAAAAACGUGGAAAGGCCCAAGCAAGAUGUUUUGGCGGCAAGCUUAAGUGUUGAGCGGGUUGAUAAACAUCACAAGUAUCUUGGCCUCCCCAUUGAAAUUAGUUAUUCAAAGUCUGAGGCUUUUGAGUACCUCACAGAAAGGGUCAGAAAACGCACACGAGGUUGGAAAGAGAAGACGUUAAGUGCGGCAGGAAAGGAAAUUUUGAUCAAGGCUGUUGUUCAAUCAAUCCCUACCUACGUCAUGAGCUGUUUUGAGCUUCCGCAACAUUUGUGUCAGGAGAUGCAUAGCUUAAUGGCUAAAUUCUGGUGGGGUGACAAGUCAAAUGAAAGGAAAAUCCAUUGGCUAGCUUGGGAGAAGCUUUGUGUGCCUAAAGCAGAGGGAGGCUUAGGGUUUCGGAAUAUGGGUCUUUUUAAUCAGGCUUUGCUUGCCAAGCAAGGGUGGAGAAUCCUCCAAAACCCUAACUCCCUUCUUGCUUCACUUUAUAAAGCAAAAUAUUUUCCAGGUUGUAGUUUUUUGGAUGCUGAAUUGGUGAGUGGAGCAUUGUAUGCAUGGAGGAGUAUUAUUCAUGGGCGUGAAUUAUUGAAGAAAGGGUUGCGUUUUCAGGUUGGUACUGGGUCUAACAUUGCAGUUUGGUCCGAUCCGUGGCUACCUCUUCCCUUCAGUUUUAAGCCUUUUACAAGACCACCGGAUGGGUUGGAGAAUUUACGGGUGGCUUAG